GACUUAGUUUACAUAGAAGUUUUGUGCUGUGCGGUGAUGCUCUACAGAGGACACACCCUAAAACAAAAUGGCGAACAGCAACGGCAUAGCAAAGAAUCGUCGCUUCGAAGAUGAAGAUUCGGGAUUUGGCAUGCGGCACUUGCAGAUGCUGUUGAUCUUCUGUGGCCUAACGGUUGGAUUUGCGAUGCGAGUCAAUCUUUCGGUGGCUGUUGUGGCCAUGACCAAUGCCACGACAGUAAACCCAGAUUUUCCGGAAUAUCCCCUGUCGGAGAAGACAAAGUCCUGGGUGCUGAGCAGCUUCUUUUGGGGCUAUGUGAUGACCCAGGUGCCCGCUGGGGCCUUGGCGCGUCGCUUUGGCGGCAAGGUCACCCUGUUGACGGGGGUUUCCAUCUGCUCCCUCAUGAAUCUAUUGACGCCACUCUGCGCCCGCCUAGGCGGUUGGUCCUUGCUUUGUGGCCUGCGCUUCAUUGAAGGCCUGUGUCAGGGUGUUUUCUAUCCCUCAUGCCAUACGAUUAUCGCCCAUUGGCUGCCGCCAAGGGAGCGCGGUUCUAUGACCACAUAUGCCUAUACCGGAAGUCAAUUCGGCACGAUUCUCAUGCUGGUCACAAGUGGACUACUCGCAUCCUCAGCUGGUGGCUGGCCGAGCAUCUUCUAUGCGUCGGGCGGCUGUGGCAUCAUUUGGGUCUUCGUUUAUUACAUUUUGGGUGCCAGUACGCCAAAGGACUCCAAGAAUAUUACAGCUGAGGAGGUCCAGUUGAUUGAAAUGGAGCUGGCCAAAGAGCGGACGGUCAAUGCGGAGCUGCCAAGCUAUCGGCAAGCGACGCCCUGGCUGAGUUUCCUAACCUCGGGCCCGUUUCUGGCCCUGACCGCAGUGCAUUGUGUCUCGGCCUGGGGCUACUGGACGCUUCUCACGCAAAUUCCCAGCUACAUGAAUAACGUUUUGGGCAAGGACAUCAAAUCGAAUGCUCUGCUCUCCGCUCUGCCCUAUGUGGCCAACUUUUUGCUGAGCUUUCCAUUCGUCUGGUUGGCCAAGUGCAUGGAGAAGAGGGAAUCAAUAUCGCUGGCCUUCAGUCGGAAGUUCUUCAAUACAAUUGGUCAAUAUAUACCCAUGUGUCUGCUGGUCGCAUUGGGCUAUGUGACCAAGGAACAGGACACUCUGGCCGUCAUCCUGCUAACAUUUACCGUGGGCAUCAACACGGCCUGCCACUUGGGCUUCCAGGUGAACCACAUCGAUCUGUCGCCCAACUUUGCUGGCACUCUGAUGGGCAUCAGCAAUGCAUUGGCCAGCAUCAUGAGUCUCAGUGCACCGCUGCUGGUGGGCGUGAUUGUUACCGAUAAGCACGACGCGGAGCAGUGGCGCAUUGUCUUCUUUGUGGCCGCUGGGUUUUAUCUGGUGGGAAACGGUCUGUUCGUUCUCUUUGGACGCGCCGAUGUCCAGCCCUGGAAUGACCCACCUGCUAAACGUGAUCACAAAUCCAUACCACAGAUGGAAUCACAAAAAUCUGAUCACUGUGAUAAAUGAUAACAAAAGAUAGCCCACAAUUGCAGUUGUUCGUUAUCGUACCUCACUUAGUCGUAAUCUUCAUGAAGGCUGCUGAUAGAAUCUCAGCUGAGUUUGUAAUCUAACUCAUAUUAUACAUAUGCUGUGUUGUGUUUUGUUUAAGUUUGUGUUGUAAAUGCAUUUCUUAAUUGCUUAAGA